UAAAAUAUUGUAUGUAGUAAAUGUUAUCAGUUUCUUUUACAUACUCCUUGUGUUUUUAUGAUGUUUCUUAAAAGUUUGUUGUGGUAACCGUUCUUAAAUACUGUUGGCCUUUCAAACUUCGAAUAAGUAGCCAAAUGCUGUAAGAAAUGACAGUUAUUGAGGACUUUAAAUCGGCUUCAUUAUGGAUGAAGUUGGCUUUUUGUUUUCUUGCCGUUGCUUUAGUUUUUGCCUGCAUCUCCUAUACAACAACAGGAUGGGGUAGCGCUACCAACAUUGCAACUGCCUCUGCGCAAUAUUAUGGAUUAUGGCGGAUAUGUAGCGAUGCUGAUCAAAUUACAGCAUGUCAACAGCUUGAUGGAACAGCAACAGACUGGUAUGCAGCUACUCAAGCAAUGGUAACAUUCGGAUUCUCUGGUAUACUGAUAUCAUUUUUCCUCUUGAUUCUUUUCUUGUUUAUAAAUAGUUGCAAAACUAAUGGACAAAUAGGACUAGCUGCUGGAAUCGUCAGUAUUGUUACUGGUAUUUUAUAUCUCAUAGGUUGUAUAGUAUUUGGUACACAGUGGGACAAAUAUUAUAAAGAUACACCAAUCACUGACUAUGCGUUGGAAUAUGGGUUUGCUUUAUCGAUUGUCGCCCUUGUUUUGGAAAUAACAGCUGGCGUGUUUCUGAUAAUAGAAACAAAAAGAGCGGUUACAAAAUCUUGAGACUUUCAUACAACUUUAUGGAGUAGUGUUUUGCUUUUAUAAAUUUCAGUGUACAUUUUUGUUGCCGUAAUUACAGUUAACAUUAUUCCUUAAUUUGGUAUCACGCUGUUACCGAAUGCUAUUUUUUGUAGACAUUUCAGGAAACAGGAGGAAAAUUUAAAGGUUAAUAAAACCCUUCCCGUCACAUACCUCAUUAAUAUAGACAAUACUAGACAUCAACAAAUACAAAUGGUAUAAUGAUUAAAUAAAACCCUUCCCGUCACAUACCUCAUUAAUAUAGGCAAUACUAGACAUCAACUAAUACAAAUGUUAGGAUAAUUAAACAGGAUUGUUAAGGAUUUGGAUGAUUAUUUAUAUAUUUUUUUUGUAUCAAAAAACGUUGACUGAAGCACAUUUUGUACGAGUCUGCACUUAGUAAUGCUAAAAUGUUCUCACGAUCGACGCGUUUGCAACCAUAUAAAUUACAAUAAAACAAUUUUAUAUAAAAUAACCGUGAAAUUAUGUUUUCUUAUAUAUGCGGCUUGUCAUAAUAGUUAUCAAAGGUACCAGGAUUAUAAUUUAGUACGCCAGACGCGCUUUUCGUCUACAUAAGACUCAACAGUGACAUUCAUAUCAAAAUAUAACAUUGACACGACGUAAUUGGGAUAUGACUACAUAACUUUGGAAAGUCUCAAUAUGUCUCCUAGCCUCUCUAUCGAAAUGGCUACAUCUUAUUUAAAAUCAAGGUGAAACUGUCUGAUUGGAUAUGUGCUUGUUUUCCGUUCAUAAAUAAAACUACUAGCAAUGUCGUUACUUGUAAUCAGAACAUUGUUAAAAUUCGCUAAGAAAAGAGUUAUCUAACAAUAGUA